UGUGGCAGGGCUGUGGAGGCACCACAAAGGGCACGUUUUGGACAAGGUACUGGACAAAUUUGGCUAGAUGACCUUCGGUGUUCAGGCAGUGAGUCUUCUUUACAAGACUGUCCACAUGGCGGAUUAGGGAACCACAACUGUCUCCAUUCUGAGGAUGCUAGUGUCAUCUGUGAAGAAAUUGCUACUCCAACACCAAGUGUUCCAGUGAGACUGGUCAACUCUGACAGCCGCUGCUCUGGCAGAGUGGAGAUCUUCCACAACAGCCAGUGGGGUACGGUGUGUGAUGACAGCUGGGAUUUGAAUGAUGCCCAGGUGGUUUGUCGACAGCUGGGCUGUGGCAGGGCUGUCUCAGCACCAACAUUUGCACAUUUUGGACAGGGCACUGGACCAAUCUUGUUGGACAAUGUCCGCUGCUUAGGGAAUGAGUCAUCAAUACUAGACUGUGGACAUUUAGGCUUUGGAUCCCACAAUUGUCAUCAUUUUGAGGAUGCAGGUGUCAUCUGUGAAGAAAUUCCCAGCACUACCUCACCUGCACCAACACCACCAGGCCCCCUGGUGAGACUGGUCAACUCUAACAGCAGCUGCUCUGGCAGAGUGGAGAUCUUCCACAAUGGCCGCUGGGGGACAGUGUGUGAUGAUAUCUGGGGAUUGAGUGACGCCCAGGUGGUUUGUCGACAGCUGGGCUGUGGCAGUGCUCAGUCAGCUCCACGAAAUGCACAUUUUGGACAAGGCACUGGACCAAUUUGGUUAGAUGACCUUCAGUGUUCAGGGAGCGAAUCUUCGUUAAGAGACUGUCCACAUGGCGGAUUAGGAAACCACAACUGUGGUCAUUAUGAAGAUGCUAGUGUCAUCUGUGAAGAAAUUGCUACUCCAACACCAAGUGUUGGAGUGAGACUGGUCAACUCUGACAGCCGCUGCUCAGGCAGAGUGGAGAUCUUCCACGACGGCCAGUGGGGAACGGUGUGUGACGACUUGUGGAAUCUGAAUGACGCUCAGGUGGUUUGUCGACAUUUGGGCUGUGGCAGGGCUGUGGAGGCGCUGCAAAAUGCUCAUUUUGGACAGGGCACUGGACCAAUCUUCUUGGACAAUGUCCGCUGCUUAGGGAAUGAGUCAUCAAUUCUAGACUGUGGACAUUUAGGCUUUGGAUCCCACAACUGUGGUCAUUUUGAGGAUGCAGGUGUCAUCUGUGAAGAAAUUCCCAGCACUACAACCUCACCUGCACCAACACCACCAGGCCCCCUGGUGAGACUGGUUAACUCUAACAGCCGCUGCUCUGGCAGAGUGGAGAUCCUCCACAACGGCCAGUGGGGAACGGUGUGUGACGACUUCUGGAAUUUGGAUGACGCUCAGGUGGUUUGUCGACAGCUGGGCUGUGGCAGGGCUAUGGAGGCACCACAAAGGGCCCGUUUUGGACAAGGCACUGGACAAAUCUGGCUAGAUGACCUUCAGUGUUCAGGGAGUGAGUCUUCAUUAAGAGACUGUCCACAUGGCGGAUUAGGGAAUCACAACUGUCGCCAUUCUGAGGAUGCUAGUGUCAUCUGUGAAGGUAAUGUUGGAGUGAGACUGGUCAACUCUGACAGCCGCUGCUCUGGCAGAGUGGAGAUCUUCCACAAUGGCCAGUGGGGAACGGUGUGUGACGACUUCUGGAAUUUGAAUGACGCUCAGGUGGUUUGUCGACAGCUGGGCUGUGGCAGGGCUGUGGAGGCACCAAGAAGGGCACGUUUUGGACAAGGCACUGGACAAAUCUGGCUAGAUGACCUUCUGUGUUCAGGGAGUGAGUCUUCUUUACAAGACUGUCCACAUGGCGGAUUAGGAAACCACAACUGUCGCCAUUCUGAGGAUGCUAGUGUCAUCUGUGAAGACCAUCAACCUCUACUCCAGGCCUCUCAGCUCAUUUGCUCCCCUUAUCAGCUUGUAGUUGGGGUGCAACUGGACAGCCUGCUGUCAGCUGGUUUGAACCCAUUCUCUGGUCACCUGACAGCCCCUUACUGUACGGGCUACAGAGUGAGUCAAAACACUGUCUGGUACCAAGUGGCACGUCAGGCUGGCAUCUGCGAGACUGUACUUACGACCAACACCACCCAUGCCAUCUACUUCAACAGCUUGUAUUUCUACCCUACAAGUAACGGGUCCAUGGCUCUACCCGAGGUUAUUCCAUUCACCUGUGCCUAUCCCUUGGACACCAAAACUAGCCUAAACACUCAAAUCAGACCACACCUCCCUGGGUAUGGCCUCAUGGGGUCAGGUUCCAGAGCCAGAGCCAACAUGAAUCUGUUCCGAGACUCCAACUUUUCAAACAGCUAUCCAGGGGGCCAGGUCAUCCUGCCAGUGGGCUCUGCACUGCAUGUGCAAGCGUAUGUGUUUGAGAAUGAUCCAAGCUUUGCAGUUGUUCUGCAACACUGCUAUACCACUAACUCCACAAACCCUGAAGACCCUGUGCGAUACUAUCUCAUCCAUUCUGGGUGUCCUACUGACUCUCGUCGUGUGUCAAUGGUUGAGAACGGCCUGUCCCUCCGUGCUCGUUUCUCUGCCCUGCUCUUCCCUCUCCAGGAUGCAGACCAGUACAUCUUCUUACACUGCAGAGUACGCCUGUGUGACAAGAGGAGCCAGAGCUGUGUUCCAGUAAGUCAGACAUCAAUCCUCUCAGUCAGUCGAAAUAAUCAAUCUGCAAUCAGUGCUUUAUACCCAACCACUGGGUUUAAGUCUCUGAUCAUUCUCCCCCCUCUUAUUUCACAGUUUUGCACAAGACGGUCAUAUCGUUCUGUUGAUGACUUUGACCAGUUCAUAUUUGUCUCUGCUGGACCAAUCACCUGUGAGUACAAAAUACAAAAUGAUAUCUGAGCUGAUGUCUCAACACUGUGAACUGUAUCGAAGUUAUAAACAUGUUUUCUUCUGCUUUCAUUCUGAUCUUUAGGGACGGACUGACAUCU